AUGGCAGGUCUGAAAGAAUGCCGCAGAAGAAGUUUUCGUCUGCAUCUCCGGAGACAAGAUCCACGUGCAAUUCUGUAUGUGUCGCCCGCAGCACUGGCUAUUCCAACCAGGAAAAGCGUCUUAGAAGGAAGUUGUGCCGUCAACUGCAACAAGAGUGCGAUAACGAGUGGACGUCGAGAGCGAAGGAGUUUGAAAAGGCGUGAGAGGAACCCGCGGAAAGCCUAUGCUUUAUUGAAGCGGUAUGGCGGCAAGAUGAAAAGAUGUUCUUCAGUCCUCAACAUUGCCACUGGAAAGGCUGUCGAAGCAACCUUUCCAAGUUGGAGGGAUCACUUCAAUACCUUACUGAACCGGCAAGCGCCGUCAACUCCUGAACUUAAGCACGUUCAUAUGCCGACAUAUGCGGUUACGAGAAACCACCGACCAAGGCGGAAGUUCAGAUCUGUAUCCAAAAGAUGA